UUUCACAAGAACAAAAUGUAUCGUUGGUGUGUGCGUUCGUUACUUUUUAUUUUCCCCUUGGUUCUUGGAGACGCUCCAAGUGUCUUUGAGCCUGAGGGUGUUGUUCCUUUCAUAAAGUUUGGCAGCAAGAAUUAUUAUUUUUCAUAUAGGUUCAAAGCCAACUUUUUUCAAGCCGACCAAAUUUGUAAAGAUAUUAACAUGAUAUUGGUGGCAAUACCAUCGAAGGAAGUGAACGAUUUCUUGAAUACCACAAUUUCUGCAGCAAAUAGCAAGAUUAACUUCUGGACUUCUGGGUCGAACCUGGUGGACAAAAUGUCAUGGAUGUGGAUGUCUAAUGCACAACCCAUAACGUACUCAAACUGGAACCACGGACAACCUUCUGCUUCAGCUAAUAGAUGUCUUUUGGGUCAAAUGGUUAAAGGAAAGGAUUUACUUUGGAUGAACGAAGACUGUAAUGCCCUUUACAACUUUGUAUGUGAAUCUAUAGAACCGGCUGCUUCCAGUCAGACUGUUGGUGGUGGAAAUUGGGCCAACUCGUUUGCAGAUCCUGCAGUUUCUCCAAACUUCCCAUUGUUUCAGUAUAAUAACAAAAAUUAUUACGUAAACACUCAACCGCUGUCUUUCCUAGACGCUGAUAGAUUCUGUAGAAUGAUUAAUAUGGAGCUGGUGGCUGUUGACUCUGAUGCAGAAAAUACUGGGCUGUAUACAUGGUUGAGAAAUAUAAACAUGGGUACUAAUUUUUGGACAGGUGGUACCAACUUAAUAAACGGUAUCGACUGGAUAUGGUUUCCGUCAGGCAGAAAGGUUACAUUCACUAACUGGAUGAAAGGUCAACCAGACAACAUUAUUGAAAGAUGUAUCCAAUUAGUGGUUAAUAAGGACAUGGAACAAUUGAGUGAAACAAUUUGGUGGAAUGGAGGCAUGGAGUGGAGCAAUUUGGGUUGUGAAGUCACUCUACCUUUUAUUUGUCAGUCACCCACGGAAAAAAUUACAAGACGUCCUGCUGCCGUAGCUGCCAAUGAAAAUUCUAAAAGUUUGGGCGUAACUGAAACAAGUGAUGUAAUAUCCCCUCCAGGCAUAUCCAAUCAAAUAGUGACUACUUCAGAAAGUCUCACUGCUGACUGGAUUUCUAAUAUGGACGCAAGUGAAACAUAUGAUGAAACAAGUGAUGUAAUAUCCACUCCAGAUACAUCCACCCAAAUAGAGACUUCUCCAGCAACUAUCACUGCCGACUGGAAUUCUAGUAUGGACGAAAGUGAAACAUAUGAUGAAACAAGUGAUGUAAUAUCCACUCCAGAUAUAUCCACCCAAAUAGUGACUUCUCCAGAAACUAUCAUUAUCAACGGAAAUUCUGUAGAAGACACAAGAGAUGUAAUAUCCUGUCCGAAAAUAUUCUAUCGAAUACUGUAUAAUAUUAAAGUUUCUUAUGAUGACGCUGUUAAAAAGUGCAAGAAACGUGGAAUGUCGUUAGUUAGUAUCCAGUCAAAAGAAAAAAGCAACAGUCUUAAUACUGUACUUCAAGCCAGUAGUUAUGGAAGAAAUACUUUCUGGACAUCCGGUAACAAAAAGUAUAACAAAUGGACCUGGCUGAAAGGAGAACCACUCGAAUUUACUAACUGGAACGCAGGAGAACCAAACAAUGGAAGGGGAAAUGAAGAUUGUCUUACAGUCACAGUCUUUAAAUCUGACAACCACUCUUUAUGGAACGAUGAACCAUGUGGAUGGGGAUACACUCCGGUGUGUGAAAAAGUCGUUGAAUGCUCAGAAUGAUCACGCUCUGAUUAUGCCUAUCAGUAAGAUUAUUGUUUCGGUUUUAAACUUAUUUGAAAUGUACGCUGCAUUUCUUCAUUAAAGGUUUUAAAGUAAAA